AUGAGGAUGUUAAAUCAGCCUGCAGAAUAUCCAGUACACCCGGACUUUUAUGAAGUCGAAAACCCUAAUGGAACAUAUGAAAAUGUUUUCGACCCAGAUGCUAUUAUCGUUCAUGCUUCAUUUUCUGGUGCACAAAACUCUUUCUUAUGCUUGGCAAAUGACUUUUACGAAAAACCUACAAAGUUAUACGAACCACCAAGUGGAAGUAUUUCAGACUUUCAAGUAUGGUUUACUACAGAUGGAAGAAAAAGAAUAAUUCCAUUAUACCAUGCGUUUUACUUAGAACUUAGUUUCAUAUACAACUACUAUCGAACGGUAAAAAUAUAA